GAGACUCUUAUCUCUCUCUCUCUUCUCCAUCGAUCAAUCGGUAACAAUGGCGGGUAUGCUGCAACCGCAGAUCAUACUUCUGAAGGAGGGAACGGACACCUCUCAAGGGAAGGCGCAGCUCGUCAGCAACAUCAACGCCUGCACCGCCGUCGCUGACGUCGUCAGGACCACCCUCGGCCCACGUGGCAUGGACAAGCUCAUUCACGACGACAAGGGCAAUGUCACCAUCUCCAACGACGGCGCCACCAUCAUGAAGCUCCUCGAUAUUGUUCAUCCCGCCGCCAAGAUCCUCGUCGACAUCGCCAAGUCUCAGGACUCCGAGGUCGGUGAUGGAACAACUACAGUUGUUCUGCUUGCAGGCGAGUUCCUCAAGGAGGCCAAACCUUUUGUUGAGGAUGGGGUGCACCCGCAGAAUUUGAUCAGGAGUUAUCGGACCGCUAGCUAUUUGGCAAUUGAGAGAAUCAAACAGCUUGCUUCCAGCAUCGAGGGGAAGAGUCUCGAAGAGAAGAAGGAGCUACUGGCUAACUGUGCUGCUACAACUCUCUCUUCAAAACUCAUCGGGGGAGAGAAGGUGUUCUUUUCAAAAAUGGUUGUGGAUGCUGUCAUUGCGAUAGGCGAUGAGGAUCGUCUUAACAUGAUUGGUAUAAAGAAGGUUGCUGGUGGCAACAUGCGUGAUUCUUUUCUAGUAAAAGGUGUUGCCUUUAAGAAGACAUUUUCUUAUGCCGGUUUCGAACAGCAACCAAAAAAGUUUCUUAAUCCGAAGAUUCUAAUACUAAAUAUUGAAUUGGAGCUUAAAUCUGAGAAAGAAAAUGCUGAGAUAAGAUUGUCAGACCCAUCCCAGUAUCAGUCCAUUGUUGAUGCUGAAUGGAAUAUCAUUUAUGACAAGCUGGAUAAGUGUGUGCAGAGUGGAGCCAGAGUUGUUCUUUCACGGUUGGCUAUUGGUGAUCUGGCAACUCAGUAUUUUGCAGAUCGAGAUAUAUUCUGUGCUGGCCGUGUAGCUGAAGAAGAUCUGCAAAGGGUAGCUGCAGCCACUGGUGGCACCGUACAGACAUCCAUCAAUGAUGUUAUUGAUGAGGUCCUGGGAACAUGUGAGUGUUUUGAAGAAAAGCAAGUUGGAAAUGAGAGGUUUAAUAUCUUUAGUGGAUGUCCAUCUGGUAGGACUGCUACAAUUGUUCUUCGUGGUGGAGCUGAUCAGUUCAUUGAGGAAGCUGAACGUAGCUUACACGAUGCAAUCAUGAUUGUUAGAAGGGCUUUAAAGAAUUCAACUGUAGUUCCUGGUGGUGGUGCUAUAGAUAUGGAGCUCAGUCGUUACUUGAGGGACAAAGCGCGUGAAAUUGCUGGGAGGUCUCAAUUUUUUAUCAACUCAUACGCAAAAGCUUUGGAGGUUAUUCCACGACAACUAUGUGACAAUGCGGGAUUCGAUGCGACUGAUAUGCUAAACAAACUAAGACAGAAACACUCGACAGGUGAGGGUGCACCUUAUGGAGUUGACAUAAACACAGGAGGAAUAGCUGAUUCGUAUGCCAACUUUGUCUGGGAGCCAGCAGUUGUAAAGAUCAAUGCUAUAAAUGCUGCUACUGAGGCUGCUUGCCUUGUUUUAAGUGUCGACGAGACAGUGAAAAAUCCAAAGUCUGAGAGUGCCCAGGGAGAUGCUGCUGCUAGUGCCAUGGGAGGUAGAGGACGUGGAGGUGCUGCUUUUCGUGGUCGUGGGCGUGGAACGCGAAGACGAUAGUCGCAUUUGGCCAAGCAUUAGUCAUGACCAAGCAGGCUGGGUUUUAUACAGUUUUGUCAUUCUGGUUGAUGGUGUGCUCUGGAGUGCUACUUUCAUUUGAACUGAUAUUGUGGAAUGUAACUUGGAACAUGAAUGAUUUCUUGUAACAUGUUUAGGUAGCAGCAAUGUACGUGUAGUUUGAACCAACUUUAAGCUGAGAUCUUGCCUAGUGGCCUCGUUUAACAUUUCCCCUCCCCUUGUCUCCUUGUUUUGUUGAUUGAUGAAGAGAACUGCUGCACAUUUGGUCACGUGUC